UGUCCAAUGACCUUCCUCCUAUCCCUGGCCUCUAUCCAAUCAUGAGAAAGGCGGACUCUACGGCAGCAACUGCGGGCUCAGGCUCCAGUUCGUCAAGCCGUCGCCAUGACAAGGACAGACCCAGCGGCCGCAGCCGUGAUCCUGACCUUGUCGACUACGUCCAUGACAGGGACAGGAUUCCCCGCCCUUCUCUGAAGCAUCGGGAGUCGAGCCGCGAGGGCAGGCGUCGCCACGAAUACCGGUAUUACGAGCCGCAGUCGGGCCAUCAACGGGUCAGAAGCGAAGAACGCCGAAGCCCAGGUAAUUCGGGAAGCACGACAAAGGCCAACAGCCCUGACAAAUACGGGGACUCUGAGAGGUCGGCGCCAAGAGAGUACAGGGGCAGGAGGAGGUACACCUCGGAAAGGCCAAGCGAGACUCGCACCCGAAGCGAGUACAGGCGUGACGACCGGCUUGACGACCGGCACGAUGAACGGCGACAUGAACGACGUGACAGCCGACGGCCUAGCGACGACAGCCACGGGAGAAGGCGGUCGGCCGCAGCCAAUUUCGGCAAAGUCGCCCUGGCCGCUGGUGCCAUGGAAGCUGUCAAGCAGAAGGGACGCAAGGAACGCAAGGAACGCGAGACUGACGCCUGGAAGAGGGUCGCUACUGCUGCCAUCGGAGCCGCUGCUAUCGAUGUUGCAGCAGGAAAAGCCAGGGGAAAAGACCCCAGGGACAGAGGCAAGGGAUCUCUCAUUGGUGCAUCCAUUGGAGGCUUGGUCUUGGACAGCCUCGUGAACAAAGUGCGAUAG